AUGUCUGAAGUCGCAAACUCCACCUCGCCCGUCCAGGACGGUGCUGACGCCAACGGCGCUCAGAUCAACACCAACGUCGCUGCUGCCCAGGCCGAAGCCCCCACCCCGACCUCUGCAGCCCCCGCCCAUAACCAAAACUCGGCCUCGCUCUAUGUCGGCGAGCUCGACCCUUCUGUCACCGAAGCCAUGCUCUUCGAGCUGUUCUCUUCCAUUGGCCAAGUCGCUUCCAUCCGUGUCUGCCGUGACGCUGUUACCCGUCGCUCGCUCGGUUACGCCUAUGUUAACUACAACAGCUCUGAGGACGGCGAGAAGGCCCUCGAAGAGCUCAAUUACACUGUUAUCAAGGGCAAGCCUUGCCGUAUCAUGUGGUCCCAGCGUGACCCCGCUCUGCGCAAGACUGGCCAAGGCAACGUUUUCAUCAAGAACCUGGACCAUGCCAUUGACAACAAGGCACUUCACGACACCUUCGCCGCUUUCGGUAACAUCCUCAGCUGCAAGGUCGCUCAGGAUGAGCUUGGCAACUCCAAGGGUUACGGAUUCGUUCACUACGAAACCGCCGAGGCUGCCAACAACGCCAUCAAGCACGUUAACGGUAUGUUGUUGAACGAGAAGAAGGUUUUUGUCGGCCACCACAUCCCCAAGAAGGAGCGCAUGAGCAAGUUCGAGGAGAUGAAGGCCAACUUCACCAACAUCUACGUCAAGAACAUUGACCUUGAUGUCUCCGACGAGGAGUUCCGUGAGCUCUUCGAGAAGCACGGUGACAUCACUUCUGCGUCCAUUGCUCGCGACGAGCAGGGAAAGAGCCGCGGGUUCGGCUUUGUCAACUACAUCAAGCACGAGGCUGCCUCUGCUGCCGUUGACGCCCUCAACGAUACUGACUUCCGCGGUCAGAAGCUCUACGUCGGCCGUGCCCAGAAGAAGCACGAGCGUGAGGAGGAGCUACGCAAGCAGUACGAGGCCGCCCGCCUCGAGAAGCAGUCCAAGUACCAGGGUGUCAACCUGUACAUCAAGAACCUCAAUGAUGAUGUUGAUGACGAGAAACUGCGCGACAUGUUCACUCCUUUCGGUACCAUCACCUCCGCCAAGGUCAUGCGCGAUGCCAUGCCUGCUGAGCGCUCUGAGACCCCUGGCGAUGAGAAGAAGGAGGAGCCCAAGGAGGAGGCUGAGAAGACUGAGGAGCCCAAGGAGGGCGCUGAUGACAAGAAGGACGAGAACAAGCCUGGUGAGAAGGUCACCAUCAAGGGCGAGAAGAAGAUUCUUGGCAAGAGCAAGGGCUUCGGUUUCGUCUGCUUUAGCAACCCCGAUGAGGCUACCAAGGCUGUCACCGAGAUGAACCAGAAGAUGAUCGAUGGCAAGCCCCUCUACGUUGCUCUUGCCCAGCGCAAGGACGUCCGCAAGAACCAGCUUGAGGCUACCAUCCAGGCUCGCAACCAGCUCCGUAUGCAGCAACAGCAACAGCAGCAGUUCGGUGGCAUUCCUCAGAUGUUCAUUGCCCCUGGUCAGCAGCCCAUGAUGUUCCCUGCUGGUGGUCGCGGUCAGAUGCCAUUCCCCGCUGGUAUGCCCGGCCAACAAGGUGGCCGUGGUGCUGGCUUCCCUGGCGGUAUGCCUGGUCAGCAAGGCGGCCGUGGCGGCCCCAACGGUCAGCAGAUGCCUCCCAUGUACAUGCCCCCUGGCAUGGCUCCCGGUGCCUUCCCUCCUUCGUACAUGAACCAGCAGUACAUGCAGCUGGCACAGGCUGCACAGCAAGCCAUGGGCGGACGUGGUGGUCGCGGCGGUGUCCCUAUGGCUCCUAUGCCUGGUAUGCCACAAGUCCCCAUGGCCGGUGGUCCGGGUAUGCGUGGCGGUCAGGGAUUCCCUCCUCAAGGUGCUGGUCGCGGCAACAUGCCCCAGGGCGGCCGACCUGGUCAGUCUCCCAUGCCCGGUUACCCUCAAGGCGGACGCGGCGGUCCUGCCGGCGCUGGUGUCGACAUGAGCGCUCUGAGCGGCGCUGCUCCUGGUCAGCAGAAGCAGAUGCUCGGUGAGGCUCUCUACCCCAAGAUUGCUGAAAUGCAGCCCGAGCUCGCUGGCAAGAUCACCGGUAUGCUUCUCGAGAUGGACAACAGCGAGUUGAUCAACCUUACUUCUGACGAGGCAGCUCUGCGCGCCAAGGUUGAGGAGGCUAUGAGCGUCUAUGACGAAUAUGUCAAGAACAAAGAGGGUGAGCCCGAAGAGAAAGCCCCCAAGGAGGAGCCCAAAGAGGAGAAAGCUUAA